AUGCUCUUGACAUAUAAUUGUCAGAAUACAAAAUCUAUUAAAAUUCGUGGCGCAAAUAAUAAAAUGGGUCUUAUGAGAUCUGAAACAAUGGGUUACUACACCCUCAUCAUGCAAGCAGACAUGGGAUGGAGGAUCCUAAAUCACCUUGGCAAGCUUUCAGUGCUCCAAUUCGUUGAUCUUAACUCCAAUCAAAUAAUUUUCAAUCGUCGCUACGCUUCAUAUAUUCGUAGAUGUGAAGAAGCAGAACGAAGAAUUCGUCUCAUAAUGACUGAGCUUGAGCGGUUUAAUAUAAAAAUCACCUAUCCUAAAAAUGCACAUGAAGUUUUAUACCAUUUCUUAUUAAAUUUUCUGAUAAUUAAAAAUAUCAUUAUAUUCGCCUAUUUAAGCCAGAAAAGAUAGAUCAGCUUGAUAAUGAGCUUGAAGUUACCAAUACUCCAGCACAAGCUAUCUUUGAAAAUUUGGAAUCAGAUCUUGAGAAAAUCGAAAAAAGCCUCAAUAAUCAGAUAAGAAAUUAUGAAGAUUUCCAGUCUCACUUCAAUGGACUUAUAGAAAAAAGGCUUGUCCUAAAGCAAGCAAAAUCUGUGUUUGGCAUUGAAGGGCAAUUCUCAAUUUUCAAAAAAAUCGGAGGCAUAAUUGAUAAAGCUGAUAUUAUAAGAUUCAAAAAAAUGAUCUUGAGGACAACUAGAGGAAAUACCCUGGAUUUAUUUUAUGAUAUUGAAGAGCUUAUAAAAGACCCAAAAACCAAUAAAAAUAUUGAAAAAUCUGUUUUUUUUAUUCUUUAUAAAGGAGAUGACCAAUCAGCGAUGAGCCAAAGACUAGCUAAAGUUUGUGACACAGUAGGCUGUAAAAGGUAUGAUAUCCCUGCUGAUCAAGAACAAAUUGCAGCCGAUUUUAUGCACAAUGAAAACGAAAUUAACACCAAUAUAGAAGUGUCUAGCAGAACUAAAGAAAAUAUUUUAACAAUACUUGAAAGAAUGGCUGCACCUAGAAAUAGUGAAACUGAUUGCUCUUAUAUAGAAGAACAGCGGCUUUUUGUGCUAAAAGAAAAAGCAAUUUAUCACAAUUUGAAUAUGUUUAAUUUGAAAAAUAAUAUUUUUUGCGGAAACUGUUGGUGUCCGAAGUCACAGGAACAAAAAAUUAUAAAUAUUCUUGAUGAAAUGGCAAAAACUCCUGGAACUGUGCCGGGGCAACUUAGAGAAGCAGAAAAUCCUCCUGAAAAUGACACACCUCCGACGUAUUUUAGGCUUAAUGAUUUUACAGCGCCUUUUCAAGAAAUUGUGAAUUUAUAUGGAGUUCCCUGCUAUCAAGAAGCAAAUCCGGCCUUUUUCACGUGUGUGACUUUUCCUUUCUUAUUUGGGAUUAUGUUUGGAGACAUAGGUCAUGGGCUGCUAUGGGUCCUUUUUGCAUGCUAUUUAAUUUACUCAAGAAAAAGCAUUGAAAAAUCAGAAAGUCUUUUUAAGCCUGCUAUCCCAGCGCGAUAUUUAUUCUUAUUGAUGGGGUUAUUUGCUACUUAUUGUGGAUUUAUUUACAACGAUUUUCUUGGAGUUCCACUUAAUUUAUUUGGAUCUCGAUGGUCAGAAAAUCCAAAAUAUGGCCAAUAUACUCAAGACUCUAUUUAUCCGAUAGGUUUAGAUCCAAGCUGGUAUAGAGCUGAUAAUGAGCUUGCGUUUUUUAAUAGCUUUAAAAUGAAAAUUUCUGUAAUUUUUGGGGUUAUACAAAUGAUUGCAGGAAACAUGUUUAGAGGCGCAAAUGCAAUUUAUUUUAAAAAUAGAACAAAUUUCUUUUUUGAAUUUAUUCCUCAGCUAGUUUUUAUGGUAUGCAUUUUUGGAUAUAUGAUAUUGAUGAUUUUCAUCAAAUGGGUAACUGAUUGGCGUUAUAAUUGGGAUAACACGGCACCUAAUAUCAUAACUAUCCUUAUGAACAUGAUUUUGAAAUUCGGAUCCUUAUCAGAGUCACAACCUCUAUGGGGAGACAAACAAGGCCAAGAAGAUCUCCAAUUUUACUUAUUAUCAAUUGCUCUUAUAUGCGUUCCACUUAUGCUGAUUCCAAAACCAUUUAUUUUAAAGCACGUUCACGAGCAAGAGGAAAAAGAAAAUUCCAAAAAAACAGCCCAUAGUGCUGGAUAUGUAGAAAUAGGAGAAGACGACCGACCAAUAGUGAAAAAACACAGUGAGCACAAAAAGUUUGACCUUAGUGAAGAAUUAAUUAAUCAAAUGAUAUUCUUUUUCCAAUGGAUUUUACCAUAUUUUUUAUUUAAAAUAAAUGCUAAAAUUCAUAGUAAAAAAGUAUAGAGACUAUUGAAUACGUCUUAGGAGCUAUCAGCAACACUGCUUCCUAUUUAAGGCUGUGGGCUUUAUCACUUGCCCAUGGGCAGCUUGCCAAAGUUUUUUUUAAGAUGUGCUUAAUAGGCUCAAUUGAAUCUGGUCUUGUCCCAAUAAUAUUCAUAGGGUUUUUAGUUUUUGCGAAUGUGACUGUAGGAGUUUUGAUGAUGAUGGACGCUAUGGAAUGUUCGCUGCAUACAUUGAGGCUUCAUUGGGUGGAGUUUCAGAGCAAAUUCUAUAAGGGAGAGGGGAUUAAAUUUGAUCCCUUUUCAUUUCAAGCCAUAAUAGCGAAAUCUAAGAGAUAA